CCAAUGCCUCCCAUCCCAAUAGCCAUCCCUCUUCUCCACUCUGUAUCUCCCUCACCCUCUCUCCUCCCCCUCUCACCCUCUCUUCCCCUCUCGUCCCUGAUUAUCUUCCUCUUCCCCCCUCCUCCAUAUGCCUUUCCACGUCCCUUCCUCCCUCCUGUCCUGUCCUCCCCCACGCUCUCCCAUUCCUUCCCGCCAUGUUCCUGUCCUAGUCAUCGGUUCUCGCCUUACCUACUGCGGAGCCCCUCCACUGCCGCUGCUAUCCCUUUCCUGAGCCACUGCUGUGCCGAGAGCCUCUACAGAGACCAGCCCCGUGGAGAGAAGAGCCUCUGCAGAUGCCCUAGAGAGGCGCUGGAGAGGAUUGGGAGAGUGCCUGGAGUGGCACCUGGGCGCGCGGGCGCUGGGCAGCGGGGCGCGCACAGGCACAGGCCAGCGGGGCGCACGCGGGCGCUAGGCAGAGGGGCGCGUGUUGACGCAGGGCAGCGGGGCGCGCGCUGGCGCUGGGCAGUGGGGCGCGCACGGGCGCUGGGCAGCGGGACACGCGCGGGCGCUGGGCAGCGGGGCGUGCGCUGGCGCUGGGCUGCAAGGUUCGCGCUGGCGCUGGGCAGCAGGGCACGCGCUGGCGCUGUGCAGCGGGGCACGCCUUUUCUCCCCUAUGCAGUGGACCCACUCGCCAUUCAUGCCGCCAUGGCAGAGGAGGUGGACGAGUACCCAUCAUCGUCGCACAGCACGCGGAGAGUAUCUCCGUACCUAAUCAAUCUGGCCUCGACUUUCCCUUGCCCUCAUAGAUGCCGUCCACACCUUCCACUCGCCUAG